AUGCCUCGUAGAUAUGCAUUCGGGAGGGCUGAUGAGGCCACCCACCCUGACUCCAUGAGAGCCGCUUUGGCUGAGUUCGUCUCCACUUUCAUCUUUGUAUUUGCUGGAGAAGGCUCUAUUCUUGCUCUUGACAAGUUAUAUACGGAUUCUGCGCCACCGGCUUCAGGGCUGGUGGUGGUUGCACUUGCACAUGCAUUGGGGCUGUUUUCUGCUGUGGCAUCCAGCAUCAACAUAUCAGGUGGCCACGUAAACCCUGCUGUUACCUUUGGCUCGCUUGUUGGUGGCAGGAUCUCGGUUAUUCGAGCUGUCUAUUAUUGGAUUGCUCAGCUCUUGGGUUCUAUCGUCGCUGCUCUCUUGUUGAGGCUUGUCACCAAUGGCAUGAGACCAGUGGGAUUCCAUGUGCAAUCAGGGGUUGGAGAGGUUCAUGGGCUUGUAUUCGAAAUUGCAAUGACAUUUGGACUGGUAUACACUGUGUAUGCAACAGCUGUUGAUCCCAAAAGGGGAAGCUUGGGGAUCAUUGCACCUCUAGCAAUCGGGUUCAUUGUUGGGGCAAAUAUCUUGGUUGGUGGUCCAUUUGAUGGAGCAUCAAUGAAUCCAGCAAGAGCAUUUGGGCCUGCUCUAAUUGGGUGGAGAUGGAGCAACCAUUGGAUCUACUGGGUUGGUCCUUUCCUUGGAGGAGGCUUGGCAGCACUUGUAUAUGAGUACAUUGUGAUCCCAACAGAGCCAGUAGUUCCCCAUACUCAUCAGCAUCAGCCCUUGGCUCCUGAAGAUUACUAG